AUGUCAAGAAUGAUCAACAUUAGGAGAGUGCUUUGGACCAGUCUAUUGAUUCUGCAAUUGUCAACAAGCACAGGGGCGUGGAUUCCAUUCCCAGGGCAAGAUUUAGUGGCUGAGAUGACAGAGGCUGCCAGUGCAGUUCUGAAAAGGCAAGCCAACUGCUCCCUCCUUCUCUUCGCGGAUGGAUCCACCUCAUCUGCAAGUGUCUUUCAGUUGUUGCAAAGAGCCGCCACGCACUGGGGCGUCGGGCUAUUUGAGAGCGCCAUGGACUAUGAACACAUCAAUGGGACUGAAGCGACAAUUGCCCGUUUGGUCGGCGAGGCUCGUAGGAUACGUAAGUCAUCUUGGUGUGUCAGUGUGGUGGUCCUGAGCGACGACCCCGCCUUCCUGGCCUCCUUCGCCGAGUCGUCGCUCCGGGGCCGCCUCCUGGUGUGGGCCACGAGGCUCCUGGUCGUCACCCGCCUGCCCCUUCAGGAGCUCCGUCGGCUAGUCUCCUCCUCCUGGACCUUCUCCAUGAUGAACGCCGUGGUCAUUCAUCGAGAAGACGAGAAAGUUGGGUGGCGAGUGUACGCAUAUCUGCCGUACAGUCCGGCAGGAUCGCGGAUGGUCCACGUAGCUUCCUGGACACCUAGGAAAGGCCUCGUUAUUAAGCCUCCCUUGGCGCUCUUUCCGGAAAAGUUCUCAAACUUCUAUGGGGCCCUCGUCAACGUCACCGGACUGCCUUAUCCUCCUUACUGGGACGUGGUUGGGGAGGAGGAGGCUCCCGACGGCACCAAACGCGAAGUCUACACCGGGACAGACUACCGCCUCCUUCAGACUGUGGCUGAGACCCUCAACUUCACUUUCCAGGUCAUCCCUACGUCCGGCUGGGAUGAGGUAGUCUACCACGUGGAAGUACGCAACGCCAUCCUCGCCGGCGUCUUCCACAUCCUCCUCCCGCAGAGGAUGGAGCACUUCGACUACACCUACGCCUACGAGUACUCCUUCUUCGCCUUCAGCCUGACCAAGCCUAAAUUAAGGCCUAAGUGGCAAAGCCUGUAUUACCCCCUCGCCAAUGAGGUUUGGAUCUCCAUUGUCGCAACACUCCUCUUAACGCCAGCGGUCAUGUUAUGGGUGCGACGCUUCCGGCCGGAGACCUCCCACCACGCCGAGGCAGGAGCCGUCACGAUGGAGGUCCUGGGCACGCUCCUCGGCCAGAACUUCUACAAGUGGCUCCCCAGAUCCGCCCUCAGCCGCAUGCUCGUGGCGUCGUGGCUGGUCUUCGCCUUCAUCGUGGGCACCGCCUACCGGGGCAACCUCACCGCCGCCCUCACGCUGCCCAAGUACCCGCCCAGACCAGAGACCAUCGAGGAGCUGGUGGAGGCGGUCGAUCUGUGGGUUCACUGA